CUCCAGACUAUAGAAACGGAGACAGGGUUUAAGCCUUUAAGGCAGACAGGGUUUUAGCGAUUUUAAAUUUUCCUCUCUGCAGCAGCAAAAUUCCAUCUCCAUAUCCUUCGUAUGUUUAUUAGUAACAACAAUAACACAGAAUAAGAUUUCCCAUGGCGACGCCGUCGCAUGCCCAGGCUGUCAAGUCACUCAACAAAUCGGCCGGUCGCCGCCGCUUCAUUUUCAAGACCUUCUCUCAGAGAAUAGAAGGAAUUGAAAUUGAUGUCUACCGAAGCCUUGAUAAAUUCAAAGCUGAGCCAUCUGAGGGUUCUUCUUUUUUCCGGGAUUUCCUUGUGGAAUGGAGGGAAUUGAAUACUGCAGAGGACUUCAUCUCGUUUUAUGAGACGAUGAUGCCCUUGGUACAAACAUUACCUUUUGUGCUACUGCACAAAGAAUCAAUUCUUUCAGAACUUCUUUCUAGAUUACAAAUGAAAGCACGAUUGUCGCUUGAGCCUAUUCUCAGGUUAAUUGCAGUUCUAUCUAGAGAUCUACUAGAGGACUUCAUCUCCUUUUUGCCCAGGAUUGCUGAUUCACUUGUCUCUCUCCUUGAAAGUGGUGCUGACAGGGAGCCAGAGAUCAUCGAGCAGAUUUUUACAUCAUGGUCUUAUAUUCUGAUGUACUUGCAAAAAUAUCUCGUGAAGGAUGUUGUACACGUGCUCAAGUUGACAAUAAAAUUAAGAUAUUAUCCAAAGGGCUAUGUCCAAGAAUUUAUGGCAGAGGCAACUUCAUUUUUGCUGAGAAAUGCUCCCAAGGAGCAGCUUAGAAAAGGCAUUAGAAAGAUCAUGUUUGAGGUUGUGAAGAAACCAUUACUUACACGAAAAUCUGGAGUUAGUGCUUUACUUUAUCAUAUUAUGAGAGGGACCUCUUCAAGGUUUCAUUCAAGAGCAGAUCGGGUACUGCAGCUAUUGACCGAAAAUUCUAUAUUCACUAUUAGUGAGAAGUUUGACCAAGAUGUGGAUUCUGUUAUUGAAGUUCUAACUGCUACCUUCCGAAGAUUAUGCGAGGAUCUGGAACCAAAGGAGUUGAAUUUGAUAUGGAAUUGCUUAGAUCAGAGAUUAGGUGACUAUGAAAAUGACCAGCAUCUAAGUUGUCUUUUAUCACUGCUUAUUUCAGUUGUUGAGAUAAAUAAUGGGAUGAAGAUUUCAGAUUACCAACAAAUGAUUGAACGAGUAAAGUCAAUUGUUCAGAAGUUUAUUGUUCCUUCUAGCAUUGUGGUGGAAGAAGGCAAUUCUAAAGUUGUUGAUAAGGUUCUGCAAUUAAUGCUGUGCAUUCUUGAUGAUACAUGUGGUUUGGGUUUUAGUUGUUUGACUUUUAUUAAGGAACUGCUGGAGAAGGAUCCCUGUGUAAUAUAUGCAUUCAGAGUUAAUAUUUUGAGUGCGUUGAAUGAUUUAAUAGAAACUUCACAAGAGGAUGUUCUAUGCAUGCUUUUGUCCUUCUGUGAGAGACUGCAAAAGGACAGUUUAAGUUCCGGCAUUUUAGAUGGUACAUCCGAAGAAAGUCUUUCAAAGAUAUGUGGUUUUCUAAAGGGGGCUAUCUCCUCCUGGACUGGGGUGAUCAAUAACAUUACUCUUGGCAAUCCAUCAUCUACUACAAUUGAUAAGGACAAGUUGGCUCUGCUCUGGGGAGUCAUCUGCUGUUAUCCUCAUAUGAUGGGUAUCCGAGCAAAGCCAUUGUUACUAAUGGAUUUGUUAGGUACACUUGAUUGCCUCUUGAUGAUUGACGAUGAAACUAUUGCUGGUGUUCACAAAUGUACUUGGCAAAGCCUGGUUGGAGCUGCUUUAAGUUCCUGUUGCAAAACUGGCAAAAUUUCUGGUUUUGAAGAAACUAGCAAAAUUUUGUGUCUUGCAAAAAAAUGCAAAUCGUCAUUGCAUGUAUUAACUGCUGUUGCUGAUUAUCUGGACUAUGUGCAUGGGCCUAAAUUGGAGUCUGACAAUUGCCAUAUAACAUAUCAUCCUGAGUUUGAAAUAAAGAAGGCUGUUGAUGCAUUAGACAUGUUUGCUGAUAAUUUGUGCAACUCAGACAAGGGAAUUCGUGUUGCAACCCUAAGAAUUCUGUGCCACUAUGAAUAUCAGGAAUGUGAAAUAUCAGUGAAGGAUCAGCAACCUGAGAAGAGAAUGAAAACAGAAGUUCCUCAGACUAAUUCUGCAGACAGUCAUGGUAUUAAUGUUCUUCAGCUCCUCCUCUUGAUUGAAGCAACUCCUCUUUCAAUUUCUAGUAGCAGGAAAGUUAUCCUAUUAAUCUCUAAAAUACAGAUGGCUCUCUCUGCUGGAAGGAUAUCUGAAACUUAUAUACCCAUCAUUUUGAGUGGAAUGAUUGGCAUCUUCCAUAACCGUUUUAGUUAUCUAUGGAAUCCGGCAUCUGAGUGCCUUGCAGUUCUGAUUGGGGAACAUGUUACUCUUGUAUGGGACAAAUUUAUUUGCUACUUUGAGAAAUGCCUAUCUGCAUUUCAGUCAUCGCAUGAUAAACUGGAUGGACAAAGUACUGAUUUUCCUUACAACUCUAAUGACUUGGUUGAGCGUUUUAUUUCUUUUGCUGUUCCUGCAUCUGAUAGCACUCCACAGGCAACUAUUCUAUCCUCAUUGCUGCAGUCUUUACAAAAAAUUCCAUCUGUUGCUGAAUCUCGUUCUCGACAAAUUGUACCACUGUUCUUGAAGUUUUUGGGUUACAACAAUAAUGAUCUUCAAAGUGUUGGAUCAUUCAAUACAGAUGCUUGCAAAGGCAAGGAGUGGAGGGGUGUCCUCAAGGAAUGGUUAAACUUGUUUAAACUUAUGCGGAAUCCUAAGGCCUUUUAUCGGGGUCAGUUUUUAAAAGACGUUCUGCUAAUCAGACUUAUGGAUGAAGCUGAUGCUGAAAUACAGAUGAGGGUUCUUGACUGCCUCUUAACAUGGAAAGAUGACGUUUUGCUCCCAUAUGAGCAGCAUCUUAGAAACUUAAUAAUCUCAAAAAAUUUGAGAGAGGAAUUAACGACGUGGAGUUUGAGCAGAGAAUCUUAUCUCAUUGAAGAAGGUCAUAGAGCUAAUCUUGUGCCUUUAAUAAUUCUUGUUCUAAUGCCGAAAGUGAGAAAACCAAAGACGCUUGCCUCUCGAAAGCAUACAAGCGCGCACCAUCGAAAGGCAGUUCUUCGAUUCAUAGCUCAACUUGAUGUGAAUGAGAUACCUCUUUUCUUUGCACUGUUAAUAAAGCCUUUACAUAUUAUAUCAAAGGAAGCUGAUGGUAUCACUAGUAUGUUUUGGACCUUACCUGGAAGUUCUACCAAUAUAAUUCAACCAUUGAAACUCUUGAAGUACUUCACCUUGGAAAAUAUAAUGGAACUCCCUUGGAAGAAGAGAUUUGGUUUUCUGCAUGUCAUUGAAGAUAUUCUUGGAGUUUUUGAUGAAUCACAUAUCAGACCUUUCCUGGAUCUGUUAAUGGGAUGUGUUGUUCGAGUGUUGGGAUUUUGUACUUCAAGUCUUAAUGUUGCAAAGGGAUCUGGAUCUUCUGUAACUGAAAGUGAUUGUAAUGCUAUCUUUGAAUUGCAUGAAGAAGACACUGCUGCAGUUAAUCAUGCACUGACUGGCACAUCUCUGAAGCAGUUCAAGGAUCUUAGGUCUUUGUGUCUGAAAAUUGUUUCUGUUGUUCUCAAUAAGUAUGAUGAUCAUGACUUUGGUAGCGAGUUCUGGGACAUGCUCUUCACAUCAGUAAAACCUUUAAUUGACAGUUUUAAGCAGGAGGGUUCUAGCAGUGAGAAGCCAAGUUCACUUUUCUCAUGCUUUUUGGCUAUGAGUAGCAGUUUCCACCUCCUACCGCUCUUGUCUAGGGAAAAGAAUCUUGUUCCUGAUAUUUUCUCAAUUCUAACUGUCCCUACUGCUUCUGAGGCUAUCAAAUCUUGUGUUCUUAAGUUCACUGAGAACCUGCUGAAUCUUGAUGAAGAAUUGGAUGACGAAGACACUGUGGCCAAGAAACUUCUACUUCCAAACGUUGACAAACUUAUCACCAGCUUGCACUUUCUUUUCCAAGGUGAUGGUGCAAGCAAAAGGAAGUUGGCCAAAAAUCCUGGAGAGACGCAUAUUAGAAUUUUCAAAUUGUUGUCAAAGUAUAUACAAGAUAAGGUACAAUCAAGGAAAUUUUUGGAUGUCUUGCUUCCAUUGCUAGCAACUAGACAAAAAGAAUCUGGUGUCUGUGGUGAAUGCUUGCAAAUCAUUCGAGAUAUUAUACCAGUAUUAGGAAAUGAGCGUACAAAAAAUGUUCUUAAUGCUAUCUCUCCACUUCUUAUUUCUGUUGAAUUGGAUGUGCGGUUGAAUAUCUGUGAUCUUCUUGAUGCUCUUGCAAAAACUGAUCCUUCUGUGCUCUUUGUGGCAAAACUCAUCCAUGAAUUGAACGCAACAUCAGCUAUAGAAAUGGGUGGCCUUGAUUAUGACAGCAUCCUCAGUGCUUACGAAAAGAUAGAUGUGGGUUUAUUCUAUACUAUCGAAGAAGAUCAUGCAUUAGCUGUCUUGUCGCAUUGUGUGUAUGAUAUGUCAUCAGAAGAAUUAAUUUUAAGGCAAAGUGCGUAUAGGUCGUUGCUUUCUUUUGUCGAAUUUUGCGCUUUAAUUCUUGGUGGAGAGGAUAAGAGCCAUGAUGGUACCUAUGAAGUGAUUGCAACAAAUAGCAAAUAUUCUUGGACAAAAACUAGUGUUCUACGCAUAAUAAACAAGUUUCUUUUGAAGCACAUUGGGAACACAAUGAAGGAUAGAAGUUCGGUUAGGAAGGAAUGGAUCGAGUUACUACGAAAUAUGGUGUGGAAACUUCCUGCGGUGGAAAAUCUAAAUUCCUUCAAAGUGCUGUGCUCUGAGGAUGCUGAGCAAGAUUUUUUCAACAAUAUUAUUCAUUUGCAGAAGCAUAGGAGGGCUAGGGCACUUUUACGCUUUAGUAACAUUAUCAGUAAAAUUAACUUCUCGGAGGACAUUAUGAAUAGAGUGUUUGUUCCACUCUUUUUCAAUAUGUUGUUAGAUGUACAAGGUGGAAAGGGAGAACACAUUAGAACUGCAUGCAUUGAAGCUCUUGCUUCAAUUGCUGCUCAGUUGGAAUGGAAGUCAUAUUAUGCAUUAUUGAACAGAUGUUUCCAGGAGAUGAAGGUGAACCAGGACAAGCAGAAGUUUUUAUUGCGGCUGAUUUGCUCUAUAUUGGACCAGUUCCAUUUUUCUCAAAAAUUUUCCAAUCAAGUAAAGAAAGACUCUUUAGACAGCGUUGCUGAUAGCAUUGAGACAGUUCCUUUAGCUACUUUGCACAAAUGUGGCAGUAAUUCUUCUGCUACAUUGGUUAAAUGCAGUAGUUCUGUUAUAGCCAGUGAUGUACAGGCAUGCCUUCAAAAAACUGUGCUCCCUAAGAUGCAAAAAUUACUGGAUAAUGAUGCUGUUAAGGCCAAUGUUAACGUCAAUGUGGCUAUACUGAAAGUGUUGAAGUUGCUUCCUGCAGACAUGAUGGACUCGCAACUUCCAAGUAUCAUUCAUCGCAUUGCAAACCAUUUAAAGAACCGCAUGGAAAGCAUCCGUGAUGAAGCUCGGCUUGCUUUGGCUGCUUGUUUAAAGGAGCUCGGUCUGGAAUAUUUGCAGUUUGUUGUUGGGGUUUUGCGAGCUACCUUGAAGCGGGGAUUUGAGCUCCAUGUGUUGGGAUAUAGUCUCAAUUUUAUUUUGUCGAAGCUUCUUUCAUAUCACAUUAAUGGGAAGUUGGAUUAUUGUGUGGAAGAUCUCCUUUCUGUGGUAGAGAAUGAUAUUCUUGGGGAUGUUGCUGAGGAAAAAGAAGUUGAAAAGAUUGCUUCUAAAAUGAAAGAAACUAGGAAGGUGAAGUCCUUUGAAACCUUGAAAAUAAUUGCUCAAAACAUAACAUUCAAAAGUCACGGCUUGAAACUUCUAUCUCCAGUUAAAGCUCAUAUGCAGAAACAUCUGACUCCUAAACUGAAAACCAAAUUGGAAAGCAUGUUGAAUCACAUAGCGGCUGGUAUUGAGUGUAAUCCAUCUGUUGAUCAAACUGAUCUAUUUAUUUUUAUAUAUGGAUUUAUCGAGGAUGGGAUCAAUGAGGAGAAUGGUCGGGUUACAAAUGCUUCUAGUUUUGACUUGAUGCCUCGCUCUAGACAUGGUGUGAAUGAUAAAGCAGUUUCUGCUGGUGGAGUUAUUGGAACUAAAUCAGGAUGCUCGCAUCUCAUUGCAGUGUUUGCUCUGGAGUUAUUAUAUAACCGAAUGAAGAGUGUAAAAUUGGAUAAAAGUGAUGAAGAACUUCUGUCAAUGUUGGAUCCCUUUGUUAAACUGCUUGGCAACUGCUUAAGUUCUAGGUACGAAGAUAUUUUAUCUGCAUCCCUUAGAUGUCUUACGCCAUUGGUAAGGCUUCCCCUGCCUUCCCUUGCAUCUCAGGCUGAUAAAAUAAAGGUGACGCUGUUGGGUAUCGCCCAAAGUUCUGUAAAUGCCAACAAUUCUCUGAUGCAAUCAUGUCUAAAAAUGUUAACUGUACUCAUGCGGAGUACAAAAAUUACCCUUUCGUCUGAUCAACUGCAUCUGCUAAUUCAGUUUCCACUGUUUGUUGAUCUGGAGAGGAAUCCCUCUUUCACUGCCCUCUCAGUUUUAAAAGCAGUAGUUAAUCGGAAGCUGGUUGUUCCUGAGAUAUAUGAUCUUAUGAUUCGCAUUGCAGAACUGAUGGUUACAAGUCAAGUGGAUCCAAUUCGUAAGAAAUGCAGUCAGAUUUUAUUGCAAUUCUUGCUAGAUUAUCAUCUUUCAGGAACAUAUUUGCAACAACAUUUAGAUUUUCUGCUCAGGAAUUUGAGUUAUGAGUAUUCAACUGGAAGAGAAGCUGUACUCGAAAUGAUCCACGCUAUAAUUAUCAAAUUUCCUAGGAACUUUCUGGAGAAACAAGCACAAACAAUAUUUAUCCAUUUGGUGCAAUCUUUGGUCAAUGACAGUGAUACUAAAGUCCGUUCAAUGACUGGUACAGUUUUAAAGCUUCUGAUUGGCCGUGUAAGUCCUCAUACACUAGAUUCCAUGCUCGACUUUAGUCUAUCCUGGUAUGUGGAUGAAAAGCGGCGACUCCAGAGUAUUGGUGCACAGGUCAUGGGAUUACUGGUAGAGGUCUUGAAUAAAAGCUUUCAAAAGCAUAUUAGCAGUAUAUUGCCUGUGAGUAAAACUAUUUUGCAGGCUGCUGCCGAUGUAGUUGCUGAUGGUCCAUUCCUAGAUCUUUCUGAUGAUUCUGUUCCCCUCUGGAAAGAGGCAUAUUAUUCAUUAGUUUUGUUGGAGAAGAUUCUACAUCAUUUUCCAGAUCUCAGCUUUGAAAAUCGUUUCGAGGAUAUAUGGGAAGCUGUAUGCAAAUUGCUCUUACAUCCACACCUAUGGUUACGCAACAUAUCUAGUCGCCUUGUGGCUUUUUACUUUGCUGCUGCAACUGAGGCCAGAAGAGACAGUCAUGAAAAAUCAUUUGGAACUUUUUUCCUUAUGAAGCCACAUAGGCUUUUUAUGAUAGCUGUUUCUCUCUGCUGCCAACUGAAAACACAAGCCAUUGAUGAUACUACAGAUAACCUGAUUACACAGAAUAUUGUCUUUACAAUUUGUGCUAUCCAUUCUUUGAUGGGAAAAGCGGAAUGUGCAGAUCCAUUUGUGUUCUGGUCUACACUUGAACAGCAGGAACAGCGCCUAUUUCUUGAAGCCUUUCGGUUACUGGAUUCAAGGAAAGCAAAGGACAUCUUCUUAAAUGUUAUCUCUGGUGUUCGUGGUGGAGAUGAUGGAGAGCAGUCUGAAAAUCUCCAAUAUUUGCUCAUCUCUAAUUUAAUUAAAAAAAUGGGUAAAAUUGCUCUUCAAAUGGAAGCUAUUCAGAUGAAAAUCGUCUUCAAUAGCUUUGGAAAGAUUUCUUUGCAAAUCCACCAGGAUGAGUUGCAACAUUACGCAUUUGACAUAUUGCUGCCUUUGUAUAAAGUUUGUGAAGGAUUUGCUGGGAAGGUCAUCCCUGAUGAUGUGAAGCAACUAGCACAAGACGUACGCGAAAAUAUGCGGAAUGCUUUAGGCAUCCAAAAUUUUGUACAGCUUUAUAGUGAGAUAAGGAAAGGUAUUAAGGUAAAGAGGGACAAGCGGAAACAAGAAGAAAAGGUCAUGGCUGUCGUCAACCCAAUGCGAAAUGCUAAGAGGAAGCUACGGAUGGCAGAAAAGCAUCGUGCCCACAAGAAAAGGAAGAUAAUGACGAUGAAAAUGGCCAGAUGGAUGCAUUGAAAACUGAAGAAUGUUUAUUCACAUGUCAAUUGAUCUGCUGGACCACAAAGAACAGAACCCAGCUUCUUCUGCUUUGGCUAUAUCACUAUACCCAUUGGCCGGGGGACUUCAUUUUUGAGAAGUCCUUCCCAUUUUACGAGUUCCCGUUGCUAGUGAUCAUCUAGAAGAAGCGUUUUGAAGUUUGUUGCUCAUGAGGUUGGUGGUGGAAACGGAAGACUGUGGAAGCAUAAAAUUUGGACCGCGUCCUUUGGAAAUUGGCUAGCUCCAAAGCCCUUUCUGACCCCUUUCUUUCGAGAAUUUGUACAAUAGGCUUUAGUUUGAAGAAUAUGUUAGGCUUGUAUCCCUUAUCAAGUUCAAAUCUAAUCAAUUUUGCCCCUUCCUCGCCCCUCUCAAAACUAUUUGUGGGGUAUCAGGCGUAAAAAUUUGGACAGAAGCUGAUUUGUUGCAUUACAAGCCUCCAAAAAGGGGGCAUUAUUUACGUGUACGAAACAGAGCCAGAUGAAAUUAGUGAUCAAAUUACGAAAUGAGCCCAGGUCUUUUUAGUCCAGGAAUUGGGUAUUUGUCAUUUUAUUGUUGUCAGUAUAUUAUUUAAAAAUUUCUUCUUUUUAUCCAUUAAAAUUAAAUAUA